AGGCAGCGCCACGAAUUGGGCCUCGAGGCGGGGAACUACGCCCGGCGCUCCUGCCACCAUAACUUCCACUUUCACCACAUCACCAACUCGACCGUUUGCUGCCGCACGUUCCGGCCUUCGUCCUCGUGGGCUUUUGGGUCCCGUCAAGAGUCAGCUUACAGCCGCUUGCCGCAUACUGUCGCAGUCACGCGAGAGACGGCAGACGUCAAUUUUUUGCUCAACCAGUGCUUCACCCGGGCUGGAGGACCAAACACCAAGUAGCAGGCGCAAAUAAUUGAGCGCAGUUGGCGGCGGCGCGAGUGCACAGCACAGCACAGCAUUUCCCACCACACGCCUCCAUCUGCCCCCCACGACACCUACCUGCCGACAUAACGGCCUACCUGAGUAGGCAGGUGGGCAUUUGCCCAAGACGAAGCAUAUCAUAUGCCUCUUUGCAUGUCCAUUCUAGCCAUCGCUCUGCCACUCCAUCCAUCCUUCGCCCACUUCGCGAAAGCAAACCCCACACCCCCUUCCUAGGCCGGACCACGACCGACUCCUUUUUCACAGCAUCAUCUUCCCGGCUGAGCUAGCGGAGCUAUAUACAUCCGCAUAAUCAUCCUCCCACCACGCCGCCCUUCACUCACCGUGUCCUCGCCGUCCGACAUUGGGUAGAAACCCCACCAAACCACUGUCUCCAGAUCCCGCUCUUCGACAGGCGGACCAACCAACCAGCGGCCCCCAACUCUCGUCGGCCUCGGCCUGCCCCAUUUGCUCACGGCCGAGUCUACCCCCCCCCCAAAGCGGCCGCACCACCCGCCACACUCGCUCCCUGCAGUCAGGCCUGGAAAAGAUGGAGCAGGACGAGGUCAUGCAGACCACAGGAGGUACAGACGAAGCUGUACGCUCAUAUAUCUCUCCAAUCGGAUACAGCAACUCAUCUGAGUGUGGAUAUUGUCGUGGGCGCUCGGCUGUCUCGAAAAAAAGAUACUCUUAUUAUGCCGUGGCGAGCGACUUAUCUGCUGGCUUCUACCAGAGCCUUGUCGACCGGUGCUGGAGACGGUCCGGCACGCUCCUGUAUCGGCCGAAUCAGAGGAGCGCAUGCUGCCCGCACUACACUCUACGCCUUGACUCCAACGAGUUCAGACCUUCAAAAGACCAGCGUCAGGCAAUCAACCGUUUUAACAAGUAUGUUGCGGGCGAAGCGUACACGAAGGAGGCGGCCCGUCUCCACCCACGGCCGCGCGAGGAAGCCAAGAGGCGUGCCGCUGUAUUUGAUCUGGUCGAACGUGUCCACGAAGCCGAGCGUGAACGAGUGGCGUCACCCCCUGAACCUGCACACAACUUCACAGUCGCGCUAGAGCCGGACAACUUUACCGAGGAGAAGUAUCUCUUGUUCGAGAACUAUCAGAGGUCGGUCCACAAAGAACCGCCCAGUAAGAUUAGCCGCUCGGGAUUCAAGAGGUUCCUGUGCGACUCCCCCAUCCGCAGGACCACUGACGCAGGGCCGGACGGAACCCAACGCAAAUUGGGCUCCUUCCAUCAGUGCUAUCGGCUGGAUGGGAAGCUGGUGGCCAUCGGUGUUCUUGACCUACUACCUCAUUGCGUUAGCGCCGUCUACUUUCUGUACCACGAGUCCAUUCACAAGUACAACCCUGGGAAGCUUGGAGCCAUGAGGGAGAUUGCCCUCGCCGUUGAGGGUGGCUACCGCUGGUGGUAUUCGGGCUACUAUAUCCACACCUGCCCCAAGAUGCAAUACAAGAACGACUACGCCCCGCAGUACAUCCUCAAUCCCGGGACGCUCACCUGGCAUCCCCUCACCAAGGGGGACAUGGCAAUCUUUGAUGACAAGGGAUACGCCAGAUUCCCCCGAGUUGUCGCGCCCAACGGCGACACCAAAUCGGAGAAGCCCAAGGGAUAUGACCAAGACCAUAGCAGCGACGACAAGAAAGCAGGCGAGUCGCAAGGAGACGACUCGGAUGGCAAGAAGGCGGACCACAACGACUCGGAAGAUGACGACGGCCAGCGAGAAUUUCUCCUGCAAAGCAACAUGCCCGGGAUAUUAUCGCUAGACGAGGUGGCCGCCCUCGACCUCGACGACAUCGCCGUCGUAACUGACGGACACUCGGAGAUGUUCAGCACUUCGGACCUCGUGGUCUGGCGGACCCAGACCAUCGCCCAGUAUCCCUCGCUCAAGGCCCGGGUGGCGGAGUUGGUGGCUGCUGUUGGCCCAGACUUGCUUGACGAACUGUGUCUUGACUUUCGCACGCGGCGCCAGUCGUUCUAAAAAGACACCACGCAAUUGGAUCAAGGAGAAAGCUGAGGUAUGGACCGGCUUGAGGAAAUUGUGAAGUUGAAAAUCGCAAUUCGGGGGUAUAUUAUAUAGGAAUCGCGCAGCUAGGGCAUAGAAUUACUUACAUAGCCCAUAAUGAUUUCAAUCUCAUGUCAAUAUCCUCCUUCUCACCCUCGCACCUCCCUCCAAUACUACUUCAAAAGAGUAUCACCAAUCG